CCGCAGCUUUGGUCCUGGUCUGCGAGCGUCGCGCGUUCUCCGCGAUCCCAGGUCCUUCGCGCCCUGGUGGGGGUGCCUCUUGGUAGCUUGGUCAGGGGUCCUUUGAACUGGCUCUCAAGCAUCGGGGGGCUUUGUGUGUAGCUGUCUAGCUGGCAGCUGGGGUCCCUCGUCCCCGGUCCUAGGCUCGCUCAGCCCCUUCGCCGAAGCCCAGCCGUGAGAGGCGCGCCGCCCCCUCUGCGAAGGAUGGAGCAGACCGAGGUGCUCAAGCCGCGGACGCUCGCCGACCUCAUCCGCAUCCUGCACCAGCUCUUCGCCCGCGACGAGAUCAACGUGGAGGAGGUGCAGGCCGUCAUGGAAGCCUACGAGAGCGACCCCGCCGAGUGGGCCAAGUACGCCAAGUACGACCAGUACAGGUAUACCCGAAAUCUUGUGGAUCAAGGAAAUGGAAAAUUUAAUCUAAUGAUUCUAUGUUGGGGUGAAGGACAUGGCAGCAGUAUCCAUGACCACACCAACUCCCACUGCUUUCUGAAGAUGCUGCAGGGAAAUCUAAAGGAGACAUUAUUUGCCUGGCCUGACAAAAAGUCCAAUGAGAUGAUCAAGAAGUCUGAAAGAAUCUUGAGGGAAAACCAGUGUGCCUACAUCAAUGAUUCCAUUGGCUUACACCGAGUGGAAAAUAUUAGCCAUACAGAACCUGCCGUGAGCCUUCACUUGUACAGUCCACCUUUUGAUUCAUGCCAUGCCUUUGAUCAAAGAACAGGAUAUAAAAACAAAGUCACCAUGACGUUCUAUAGCAAAUUUGGAAUCAGGACUCCAUUUGCAACUUCAGGAUCCCUGGAGAACAACUGAGGAGCACCAGACCCUCUGAGGGCUGGGGGAAAUCUCGCCUUGGACACGAAGGCCUCCCAUCAUUUGCUGUUCAGUCAUACACUUUACAAAGCCAAUACUUAGAUCUCCUGUAAGGCAGAUGCUAAUUAUAAGGCAUUAAGUAAGCAAAUAGUGCCCUGAGCUCCUACAGAAGAAAAAUCCCACUAAAGAAAAAAAAGGCUUGUGAUUUUAAAGGCCAAAUCAAGCCAUCUCCUGGUUUUAUUCUCUAAAUCCGUUGGAACCGGACCAGGAAUGUCAGUGAAGGUUUUUAUAGCUUUUGGAAACAGUUUGGUCUCUGGACUGUAAUUAGCAAUAAGUAAAAACAAGAAACUACAGACAUCAAAUGCCUGCCUUGUGACUUAGAUGACUAAAUGUAGAUGUCUUUAGUAUACUUUGUAUGUUCUUAAUAUUUGAAGAGGAUUUUUUUGAAUCUGUGGAUUUUAUUUUUUCAAUCAUACUUUAAAAAUUCCUGUUCUAUAAAUAAUAGGGUGUUGUAGAUAGAGAAACUUGAGGUACUUUGACAUUUGGUAAUGAAAUGAAGUGGUAAGGAUUUAGAAAAGUACAUGUACCCAAACCUCCAAUAAACCAAAAAUAGAAACUCAUGUCUGGUGUGUCCAGUGGUCAUAGUCAAAUUCUUUGUACUACUCUGAAAUUCCCAAAUAAUUUUAAUAAAACUGGAUUUGAACACAGUU